AUGUAUGAAAUACCGAUCAUAGUCAGCACUCCAGACUGCCACCCUGUGCCAGAGGAAGGCAAUCAACAACGGCACAACAGUCAAGGCCACAGCGCCGUGGCGUCCAGGCCAAACGUACCAGAGCCGAAUCCCACCACUUCCCCAGAAUACCAUCACGGCCAACCGUUGACCACGUCAUUGGUCUCCGAAGGCACCCAGACAGAUCCAGUAGACGAGAUUUCCGUCGGCAGUGACUCGCCCACACAUUCUCAUGCUGACUCUCCAUCCACCAGAACACCCUUCGGGGCAUGGACUGACCGCUUCUAUCACCAACACAUAUUGGGCCAUCGCCCAGGCAAUACCACCACGGCAGAGUCAUUGCUUGCUCCUCCUGAGUUGGAUGUCCCCAACCGCCCAAUGACACCGAGGGCAGAUCUAUACAAUGGCCAAACAUCAGCCAAUUUUGGAAUGACCUUUGGCCCUCGACCGGCUCCCCGUUGGAGGGGUUGCUCGAAGCCGAUGGCAUCUCCCAACAGCUAUGAAGACCAGAAACAUCGGAUGAUGAUGAACUGGCUGGAGAGGAGAGGG